AGAGUCUGCAGGUGGCAGUACGGGACAUGCUAAAGGGCCGGGGGUCAACCACACCUCUCCCUUCCUCACCCUAGCAGCGCAGAGGAUUGCCUAUGGGCGCAGUGCAAGCGCGUUCAUGUCACAGGGGAGUGAGAGCAUGGCGAGUGAAGGGAGGCAAGUGAAUGCUGGUGGCGGUGUUGGAGGAGAUGGUAGCGCGCAACCCCCACCCACCCGUCCUCUCCCUCCUCUCCCAUUCUCCUUCUCCUCUCAGAUGCUGAUAACGGUAUUGGAGGAGAUGGUAGCGCGCAACGUGCUGGCCAAUGCCAUUGCCGUGCUGCCAGUCAAGUCGCUCAGCCGCUUCCUGCAGUUCUGCCGAAACACAGGUGGUGGGGGCGGAGGUGGUGUUUGUUGUUCAUUCCUCCUGUCCUGUCCAUAUUUCCCCCCUCCCCCAGUCCCACAUGCUGGCGCAGGUGGUGGGGGCGGAGGCGCAUGCUUCCGUCUAUUCAUCCCCUUCCUCGUCUUUCCCCCUUUUGCGCCCCCCCUCCCCCAGUUUCACAUGCUAGCGCAGGUGGUGGGGCGGAGCGCAGGUGGUGGGGGCGGAGGCGCAUGCGCUGGCAGAGCUGGCGGAGCUGCAGGGCUUUGUGCUGCCGCUGCUGCGCACCUCCACUGCUGCCAGCCUGCCACCGCCACCGCCACUUCAGAGGUCGAUGCCAUCGCCGCUGCUGCCACCCUCCAGGGAGGAGGCAUGGAGGAUGGUGUGGCUCUGCUCUUUUGUGUGCCUUAG